UUGCCUUUCGCUUCGGUUAGUUGCUUAGUUCCAUAUGCUAAAAACUACAAGGAGAGAAGAGCAAUAGUCCAACAAAAAGAGAAAAAGCAAGACAAAGUUUCCUAGCUAUCAAGAGCGAUGGUUGAAACUGAUGGAAGGGAAGAACAACCAAACCAGUCAUCCACCAUGAAGACAACUAAAAUUUUUGGUCUCAUUACAAACUCCAUAUUUCUGGGCUUAGGCACCUCCGGCGGCCCACUCGUUAUGCGCCUCUACUUCAUACACGGCGGAAAACGCAUCUGGCUCUCUAGUUUCCUCGAAACCGCCGGCUUCCCUGUCAUGCUCAUUCCCCUUUCCAUUUCCUAUAUACAUCAAAGAUGCAACAAAACAACCAACUCUGAAAAACCAAAGCUUAUCUCUAUGGAGCUUUAUCUGUUUCUUGCCUCCGCUAUAGUAGGCAUCCUCACCGGCCUCGACGACUACCUCUAUGCCUACGGUGUAUCUCUUCUUCCAGUGUCCACUUUUUCUCUUAUUCAGGCCUCCCACCUCUCUUUCACUGCCGUCUUCGCUUUCCUAUUGGUGAAGCAGAAGUUCACGGCUUAUUCGGUGAACUCCAUAGUUUUGUUGACCAUUGCCGCUGUGGUUUUGGCGCUACGGUCCAGUGGGGACCGUCCUCACGGUGAGUCCACUGGGAAGUACAUAGUUGGUUUUCUUAUGAUUGUAGCCGCGGCUGCAUUAUACGGGUUUGUUUUGCCUCUUGUGGAGUUGGUUUACAAGAAGACCAAGCAACAUAUCACUUAUUCUUUGGUCAUGGAGAUUCAGUUCGUUAUGUGCUUCUUUGCCACUUUUUUCUGCGCUAUUGGGAUGAUAAUAAAUAACGACUUUAAGGUGAUUCCACGAGAAGCUAGAGAUUAUGAGCUUGGAGAAACAAAGUACUAUUAUGUGUUAGUGUGGAGUGCUAUGAUGUGGCAAUUUUUCUUCUUGGGAGCAAUAGGGGUUAUCUUCUGUGCCUCGUCAUUGUUGUCUGGGAUUAUAAUUGCCGUGUUUCUGCCUGUUACUGAAGUGUUGGCUGUGAUCUUGUACAAGGAGAAUUUUGAAGCAGAGAAGGGGGUUGCUCUGGUACUUUCUCUGUGGGGCUUCGUGUCCUACUUCUAUGGAGAGAUCAAACAAGAAUGGAAGAGGAACAAAAAUCACCGCCUCAAUACAGAGCAAGCUCAGUGUCCCCCUCUCUCUCUUAUUCCAUGAUUGACAAGUCAAAGUCAUUGUCAUGAUUUCACCAUCUUAGGUUGCUUCUGCUUCAAUUGUCAAUAUAGCAGGUCGCCCUAGGGCCCAUGAUCUUGACUAAAACAACGAACGAAUAUCCAUCCUUAUCUUUUCAACAAUGGCGGUCCAUUAUCAUCCUUAGAUCAUCUUUAUCAUUGAAUGUACUUAGUAGUAAAAAAUUCUAGUUUAUAAUACUUCUUUGGAUAAGUACAUCUGAAUUUAAUUUGGUAUAUAUUUGAAUCAAAGAAUUAAUAUACAGUUCAUCCUAUAUUGAUACAUAGACAUCAAAUUUC